AAAUCCUCAACAACAUCAACCGUAUCAAAAUCUCUAUGGUUCAAAUCCUCAACAACAUCAACCGUAUCAAAAUCUCUAUGGUUCAAAUCCUCAACAACAUCAACCGUAUCAAAAUCGCAAUGGACAAAAUUCUUCACAACAACAACUGUAUCAAAACUCUGAUGGUCCCACUCCUCAGCAAUGUCAAGGUGGUUAUGGUGGCUAUGCUUCAUAUAACCAAUCACUGCAGCAAUAUCAAGAUCCUUAUGCUUAUCAACUACCAGGCUAG